AUGGCAGACGAUCUAUACGAAGGCGAGAGCGACGCUACGUCCUCGAACAUCAACCGCGCGUUCCCGACGCACCCAACAUGGGACCAGCGGCGUCAACUAGCUGUGGACAUCUCUAACCUGGCGCCGCCCGACCUUCCGGGCGUGCUGCUUCUCAUUCGCAAUUAUGUUAAAGUACUCGAGAUGCGGGAGUUACUGCCGCACGAACAGCGCGUGUUGCCCUGGGAGGCGCAGCAGCAGCAAGAGCAGAAGACCAUGCCCAGUAAGGAGGAUUCUGACGCCAUCCAGUUGCAGUGCGGCUUCCGGCUGGACCACGCAGACGUCGAGCUGUUGCGCCAGCUACGUCAAUACGUGGACGACUGCUACGUGCCCCAUUUCGUGCCCAAGGAGAACUGCAGCAUCUGCGAGGGCCUUUGGUCUUGUGGUCGUGUGCUCUACUGCGGCAACGACGCGUGUCCAGUCCGAAUCCACGAAGAAUGCUUCGGCGUGGUCUUGCGCGAACAGGACGACGGUCCGUGGCGAUGUCCGUCGUGUCUACUAGGUAGACAGCUCAUGUGUGCGGUCUGCAUGCAAUACGGUGGGCCACUCAAGCCUCUGGCCAUGUCGGAGUCGUCCUCCGCUGACGAACAGAAAUGGGUGCACGUGCUGUGUGCGCUCGCCAUUCCAGAACUAAUUAUGAGAGAUGUACCCAGUAUGGAACCGGUGGACGGCUUCGAAGAGAUCGAGAACGGGAGAUUCAGAUACCUGUGUGCUAUCUGUCGGAAGCGUGGCGGCGCCUCAGUUAUCUGUGAGGCGGAAGGCUGUAAUGUGGGUGUACACCCGCAAUGCGCAGCCGACGCCGGACUUAUGAUCGGCAACGAAGGCAACCUGCUUGGCGUGUACUGUGAUAAGCACUUGCCCACCUCGCGCAUUCCUGGAGCGAAGCGCUGGAUCAGUGAUGAAGACCUAGUGGAAGAGAUUAUGAGCGAGUACUCGAUCGACGAGGACUUUGACGCAGACGACCUCGACACGCCUCACUACACUGACGCUGAACGCUACGCUUUCGUGCUGGAGUCGACGCCGUAUUUGCACUGUCAGCAGCAAUUACUAGGCGCUUCUGCUACCCUUCACUUCGGGCCUUCUCUCUUUUCCGCAGUUUCCACUCCUCCAAGUGAUAUUGACCGCAAGACGUUCGCGGGGGCCAAAAUCACUGCAAACGCUUACGCUCCGCCCGCUAUGGUGGUUCAAAGUAUAAACACGCAACGGCCAAUUACUUUUCCGCCUCCAUCGCUUCAUGAGCGACUGGGUCUGCCAGACUUUCCAAAGGGGAGGCACGUGGUAGGUGCUGUCGUGGACUAUUUACCCAAGGCGCAGGAGGAGUGGCAACGUGCUCGUGUGAUGCAAUGGGACAAGGAGAAGAAGAUGCAUCUCGUGCACAUUGUGACGUCUGAUCAGAAACUAUGGGCCAAACUGGACGUGGACAAUACAUUGAUUUUGUAUCUUCCGGACGAGGAGAAUCGCGUGGAUGGACCGAUCGUGAAGCUCAUUCGUCCAGUCACCCAGGGCGCCGUGCAGUGGCGUCCAAAGCCGCGUCAGUUCGCACCAGCAACAUGA